AUGGCCAAGGCGGCUGCUGAAGCUAAGCGUCUUGAAGAGGAAGCAGCACGUGAACAAGCUGAAUAUGAGCGUUUGAAACAAGAAUUCAGUAUUGAAGAAGAGGGCGUCGAUGCUGUACAACAAGAUAAUCAGGCAGAGAAUUUGAUCAACUCACAACUUAUUGCAGCUAUUGAAGAGGCGAAAAUCAUUCCAAUCGAGCAUUUGGCAGUUAAUUUAGGCCUUAAAACUGAAGUUUGUGUAGAAAAAAUCAAAUCAUUAAUGUCAUCGGGUCGUCUAAGCGGUGUAUUGGAUGAUCGUGGCAAAUUUGUUCAUAUUACCGAUGAGGAAUACGAAGCUGUUGCUGAAUUCAUCGAGAAACGUGGUCGUAUCACACUGGCAGAGUUAGUCGAAAAUGGACAUAAAUUAAUUCAUACAGGACCGCAUAGUUUAAGAGAAUAA